AUGAAGUGGCUUGUGCUCCUUGCGCUGGUGGUCUUCUCAGAGUGCAUAGUCAAAAUACCUCUAAUGAAAGUGAAGACCAUGAGAAAUACCCUCAGUGAAAAAAACAUGCUGAACAAUUUCCUGAGGGAACAUGCUUACAGACUGUCUCAGAUUUCUUCUCGUGGCUCAAAUAUAACUAUUCCCCUGCUGAGGAACAUCAUGGAAAUGGUCUAUGUGGGUAACAUCACCAUUGGAACACCCCCUCAGAAAUUCCAGGUUCUCUUUGACACCGGCUCAUCUGACUUGUGGGUGCACUCUGUCUUUUGCACCAGCCGACUUUGUUCUUCUCACAUUUUGUUCAGACAUCUUGAGUCUUCCACCUACCGGCCUACCAAUAAGACCUUCAGCAUCGAAUACAAUUCUGGGAGGACGAAGGGAGUUGUUGCUCGUGACACCGUUCGGAUUGGGGACCUUGUAAGUACUGACCAGCAAUUCGGUCUAAGCAUGGAGCAAUCCGGGUUUGAGGAAAUACCUUUUGAUGGCAUCUUGGGCUUGAGCUACCCCAACAUGUCUUUCAUGGGAGGCAUCCCCAUCUUUGACAACCUGAAGAAUCGAGGUGCCAUUUCUGAGCCUGUUUUUGCCUUCUACCUGAGCAAGAGCAAGCCGGAGGGCAGUGUGGUGAUGUUUGGUGGGGUGGAUAAAUCCUACUACCAGGGAACACUCAACUGGGUACCAUUGAUCGAAAAAGGCAAAUGGUGUAUCCACAUGGACCGCAUCUCCAUGAACAGACGCGUUAUUGCUUGUAAUGGCGGCUGUGAGGCCAUUGUGGACACCGGAUCGUCACUAAUGCUUGGCCCAAGAAGACUGAUCAGUAACAUCCUGAGGCUCAUCGGCGCCAUGCCACGGGGUUCGGAGCACUAUGUUCCAUGUUCUGUGGUCAAUACCUUGCCCUCUAUUGACUUCACCAUCAAUGGCAUCAACUACCCACUGCCAGCUCAAGCCUAUGCCAUGGAGGAUUCUGACGGUGAGUGCUAUAUCACCUUUGAAGAGAACCCAUUGAGUACAUCUACAGAGACCUGGAUCCUGGGUGAUGUCUUCCUGAGGCUGUAUUUCUCUGUCUUUGAUCGAGGAAAUGACAGGAUUGGCCUGGCACAGGCAGUGUAA